AUGCUGCGUAUCAAGCGCACAUCUUUCGGAUCCGACUUGCUGCCAGGUUUCGACGAGAGCAUCCAGAAGAAAACAACAUUCAUCUUGAAGAAGCUGCACGAACACUCCGGGACAUUGAGGCUUUGGAACAAAUCUGGAUCACGCUUCGAGGUACAAAAGGGAAGCCACAGGGCUGGUGACGGAGAGAGACCCUUGAUGGCGGCAGAUGGUAGGAAGGGAGGAUUGGCUGAUGGCUUCAUGCAUGCUUGGUAA